AAAAAUCUCAACCCAGUUUUGCUUAGACCAGACGAAGGUGGUUGCUGGCUGAGAAUGAGCUGUAGAGCAGGCUGUGUGACCGAGCCGUCUGUGUGCAGCCAUGUUCAGAAGCCCAGGUUUUUCCAGCUAUUUGGGAGCUUUCAAAUUCUCUGAGAAACAAGAUUUCAACCAGAAAAACUUAAGCUUCCUUGGAUUCCCACGUCAAAGGAAAGUUUCAAGCUUUCAGAAGGAGUUCUCCCUCGAAGAUAAAGAACAGCUCACUAACCACAAAAGAGGAAUCGAUGCUCAGCUUUUAGUUGCACUUCCUAAAGUUGCAGAAUUAAGACAAAUCUUUGAACCAAAGAAAAAAGAAUUCUUAGAAAUGAAAAGAAAAGAAAGAAUUGCCAGGCGCCUGGAAGGGAUUGAAAAUGACACUCAGCCCAUCCUCUUGCAGAGCUGCACAGGGUUGGUGACUCAUCGCCUGCUGGAGGAAGACACCCCUCGAUACAUGAGAGCCAGCGACCCUGCCAGCCCCCACAUCGAUCCCCGGAAACCAGCAUCCAUCACUUGUCCAAUGACAGCAGCUCACUUGUCUGCUGUCUUUCCCAGAGGACUCAACUCAUCCUAUGGCCUCCCACGUGAAAUACUGAACUCCACAAAAAAGGGCCGAUCAAAUGAAGAGGAGGAAACUUCUGAUUCUUCUCUAGAAAAGCAAACUCGAUCCAAAUACUGCACAGAAACCUCCGGUGUCCACAGUGACUCGCCCUAUGGUUCGGGUACCAUGGACACCCACAGUCUGGAGUCCAAAGCUGAAAGAAUCGCAAGGUACAAAGCAGAAAGAAGGCGACAGCUGGCAGAGAAGUAUGGGCUGACUCUGGAUCCCGAGGCCGACUCCGAGUAUUCAUCCCGCUAUACCAAGUCCAGGAAGGAGCCUGGUGCUGUCGAGAAGCGGGGAGGAAAAAGUGACAAACAGGAAGAGUCAAGCAGAGAUGCGAGUUCUCUGUACCCCGGGACCGAGACGAUGGGGCUCAGGACCUGUGCCGGUGAAUCCAAGGACUAUGCCCUCCAUGGAGGUGACGGUGCUUCCGACCCAGAGGUGCUGCUGAACAUAGAAAACCAAAGACAAGGUCAAGAGCUGAGUGCCACCCGGCAGGCCCAUGACCUGUCCCCAGCAGCUGAGAGUUCCUCGACCUUCUCUUUCUCUGGGCGAGACUCCUCCUUCACUGAAGUGCCACGGUCCCCCAAGCACGUGCACAGCUCCUCCCUGCAGCAGGCGGCCUCCCGGAGCUCUUCCUUUGGUGACCCACAGCUACCCCCUGAGGCCCGACCCAGUACAGGGAAACCCAAACAUGAGUGGUUUCUCCAGAAAGAUUCCGAAGGGGACACACCUUCACUUAUCAACUGGCCGUCCAGAGUUAAAGUUAGAGAAAAAUUGGUGAAAGAGGAAAGUGCUCGAAACAGCCCUGAACUCGCCUCAGAGUCCGUAACUCAGAGGAGACACCAGCCAGCGCCAGUCCAUUACGUGUCAUUUCAUUCUGAGCACUCGGCCUUUGAUAGGGUCCCCAGCAAGGCAGCAGGCUCUACACGACAGCCAAUUCGUGGCUAUGUCCAACCUGCAGAUACCGGUCACACCGCCAAGCUGGUGACGCCAGAAACCCCAGAAAAUGUAUCUGAGUGUAGCUGGGUAGCAUCAGCCACCCAGAAUGUCCCCAAACCUCCCACCUUGAUGGUUCUAGAAGGUGACGGAAGGGAUAGCCCAGUUCUCCAUAUCUGUGAGUCAAAAGCAGAAGAAGAAGAAGAAGAAGGAGAAGGAGAAGAAAAAGAAGAAGAUGUGCUCUUCACUGAAGCUCUUGAGCAAAGCAAGAAAACCCUACUGGCUUUGGAGGGUGAUGGGCUUGUGAGAAGCCCAGAAGAUCCCUCUAGAAAUGAGGACUUUGGUAAGCCUGCUGUGAGCACAGUCACCUUAGAGCAUCAGAAGGAACUGGAAAACGUGGCACACCCCCCUCAAGCUCAGCACCAGCCCACUGAGAGGACAGGCAGGAGCGAGAUGGUUCUCUACAUUCAAAGUGAGCCUGUGUCCCAAGACACCAAACCAACUGGUCACAACAAGGAAGCCUCGAAAAAGCGCAAGGUCCGCACCCGCUCUCUGUCAGAUUUCACAGGCCCCCCUCAGCUCCAGGCCUUGAAGUAUAAGGACCCAGCUUCCAGGAGAGAGCUGGAGCUGCCCAGCUCCAAGACCGAAGGGCCCUAUGGGGAGAUCAGCAUGCUGGACACAAAGGUCUCUGUCGCCCAGCUCCGAAGUGCGUUCCUGGCAUCUGCCAACGCCUGCAGGAGACCUGAACUCAAAUCACGGGUGGAGAGGUCGGCCGAAGGACCUGGCUUGCCCACCAGUGUGGAACGGGAGAGAGGGUCCCGGAAACCAAGACGCUAUUUUUCUCCUGGUGAAAGUAGAAAAACUUCCGAGAGAUUUAGAACCCAACCUAUAACUUCAGCAGAACGAAAGGAAUCGGAUAGGUGCGCUUCACAUUCAGAAACGCCAACUGUCGAUGAUGAAGAAAAGGUGGAUGAACGAGCCAAGCUGAGCGUCGCCGCCAAGAGGUUGCUUUUCAGGGAGAUGGAAAAAUCUUUUGAUGAACAAAGUGUUCCAAAGCGACGCUCGAGAAACACAGCUGUGGAGCAGAGGCUACGCCGUUUGCAGGACAGGUCCCUCACCCAGCCCAUCACCACUGAAGAGGUGGUCAUCGCAGCCACUGAACCUAUCCCCGCUUCGUGUUCUGGGGGCACCCACCCUGUAAUGGCGAGACUUCCUAGCCCCACUGUAGCUAGGAGCGCUGUGCAGCCUGCCAGAUUGCAGGCCUCUGCUCACCAAAAGGCUUUAGCCAAGGACCAGACAAAUGAGGGCAAAGAGCUUGCUGAGCAAGGAGAACCUGAUUCCUCCACUCUAAGCUUGGCCGAAAAGUUGGCCUUGUUUAACAAAUUGUCCCAGCCAGUCUCGAAAGCGAUUUCUACCCGGAACAGAAUAGACACGAGACAGAGGAGAAUGAACGCUCGCUAUCAAACUCAGCCAGUCACGCUGGGAGAGGUGGAGCAGGUGCAGAGUGGAAAGCUCAUUCCUUUCUCACCUGCCGUGAACACAUCGGUGUCUACCGUAGCAUCCACAGUUGCUCCAAUGUAUGCCGGGGAUCUUCGCACGAAGCCACCUCUUGACCACAAUGCAAGUGCCACUGACUAUAAGUUUUCUUCUUCAAUAGAAAAUUCAGACUCUCCAGUUAGAAGCAUUCUGAAAUCGCAAGCUUGGCAGCCCUUGGUAGAGAGUAGCGGGAACAAGGGAAUGUUGAGAGAAUAUGGAGAGACAGAAAGCAAGAGAGCUUUGACAGGUCGAGACAGUGGGAUGGAGAAGUAUGGGUCUUUUGAGGAAGCAGAAGUGUCCCACCCCAUCCUGAACAGAGCCAGGGAAGGUGACAGCUAUAAGGAACCUAAAUAUGCCGUUCCCAGAAAAGGAAGCCUGGAACGGGCAAAUCCUCCCAUCACCCUCCUUGGGGAUGAACCGAAGGAAUUUUCCAUGGCUAAAACGAAUGCACAAGGAAACUUGGACUUGAGGGACAGGCUGCCCUUUGAAGACAAGGUGGAGGUGGAGAAUGUUAUGAAAAGGAAGUUUUCACUAAGAGCGGCAGAGUUCGGGGAGCCCACUUCCGAGCAGACGGGGACAGCUGCUGGGAAAACUGUUGCUCAAACCGCAGCCCCCGUGUCCUGGAAGCCCCAGGAUUCUUCGGAACAGCCACAGGAGAAGCUCUGCAAGAAUCCAUGUGCGAUGUUUGCCGCUGGAGAGAUCAAAACGCCAACAGGGGAGGGCCUUCUUGACUCACCCAGCAAAACCAUGUCUAUUAAAGAAAGAUUGGCACUGUUGAAGAAAAGCGGGGAGGAAGAUUGGAGAAACAGACUCAGCAGGAGGCAGGAGGGCGGCAAGGCGCCGGCCAGCAGCCUGCACACCCAGGAAGCGGGGCGGUCCCUCAUCAAGAAGCAGGUCACAGAAAGUCGAGAGAGCCAAAUGACGAUUGAGGAGAGGAAGCAGCUCAUCACUGUGAGAGAGGAGGCCUGGAAGACGAGAGGCAUAGGAGCAGCCAACGACUCGACCCAGUUCACUGUGGCUGGCAGGAUGGUGAAGAAAGGUUUGGCAUCACCCACUGCCAUAACCCCAGUAGCCUCACCCAUUUGCAGUAAAACAAGAGGCACCACACCCGUUUCCAAACCCCUGGAAGAUAUCGAAGCCAGACCAGGUAUGCAGUUAGAAUCGGACCUGAAGCUGGACAGGCUGGAAACCUUUCUAAGAAGGCUGAAUAACAAAGUUGGCGGGAUGCACGAAACGGUGCUCACUGUCACCGGCAAAUCUGUGAAGGAGGUGAUGAAGCCGGAUGAUGAUGAAACCUUUGCCAAAUUUUACCGCAGCGUGGAUUAUAAUAUGCCGAGAAGUCCUGUGGAGCUGGACGAGGACUUCGAUGUCAUUUUCGAUCCUUAUGCACCCAAAUUGACGUCUUCUGUGGCCGAGCACAAGCGGGCAGUUAGGCCCAAGCGCCGGGUUCAGGCCUCCAAAAACCCCCUGAAAAUGCUGGCGGCAAGAGAAGAUCUCCUUCAGGAAUACACUGAGCAGAGAUUAAACGUUGCCUUCAUGGAGUCAAAGCGGAUGAAAGUAGAAAAGAUGUCUUCCAACUCCAACUUCUCAGAAGUCACCCUGGCAGGUUUAGCUAGUAAAGAAAACUUCAGCAACGUCAGCCUGCGGAGCGUCAACCUGACAGAACAGAACUCUAACAACAGUGCUGUGCCCUACAAGAGGCUGAUGCUGUUGCAGAUUAAAGGAAGAAGACACGUGCAGACCAGGCUGGUGGAACCUCGAGCUUCGGCGCUCAACAGUGGGGACUGCUUCCUCCUGCUCUCUCCCCACUGCUGCUUCCUGUGGGUAGGAGAGUUUGCAAACGUCAUAGAAAAGGCGAAGGCCUCAGAACUUGCAACUUUAAUUCAGACAAAGAGGGAACUUGGUUGUAGAGCUACUUAUAUCCAAACCAUUGAAGAAGGAAUUAAUACACACACCCAUGCAGCCAAAGACUUCUGGAAGCUUCUGGGUGGCCAAACCAGUUACCAAUCUGCUGGAGACCCAAAAGAAGAUGAACUCUAUGAAGCAGCCAUAAUAGAAACUAACUGCAUUUACCGUCUCAUGGAUGAUAAACUUGUUCCUGAUGACGACUACUGGGGGAAAAUUCCAAAGUGCUCCCUUCUGCAACCCAAAGAGGUACUGGUGUUUGAUUUUGGUAGUGAAGUUUACGUAUGGCAUGGGAAAGAAGUCACAUUAGCACAACGAAAAAUAGCAUUUCAGCUGGCAAAGCACUUAUGGAAUGGAACCUUUGACUAUGAGAACUGUGACAUCAAUCCCCUGGAUCCUGGAGAAUGCAAUCCGCUUAUCCCCAGAAAAGGACAGGGGAGGCCCGACUGGGCGAUAUUUGGGAGACUUACUGAACACAAUGAGACGAUUUUGUUCAAAGAGAAGUUUCUGGAUUGGACAGAACUGAAGAGACCGAAUGAGAAGAACCCCGGGGAACUUGCCCAGCACAAGGAAGACCCCAGGGCCGAUGUCAAGGCAUAUGAUGUGACACGGAUGGUGUCCAUGCCCCAGACGACAGCAGGCACCAUCCUGGACGGGGUGAACGUCGGCCGUGGCUAUGGCCUGGUGGAAGGACACGACAGGAGGCAGUUUGAGAUCACCAGCGUCUCCGUGGAUGUCUGGCACAUCCUAGAAUUUGACUAUAGCAGGCUCCCCAAACAGAGCAUCGGGCAGUUCCACGAAGGGGAUGCCUAUGUGGUCAAGUGGAAGUUCAUGGUGAGCACGGCAGUAGGAAGUCGCCAGAAGGGAGAGCACUCAGUGAGGGCGGCCGGCAAAGAGAAGUGCGUCUACUUCUUCUGGCAAGGCCGGCACUCCACCGUGAGUGAGAAGGGCACGUCGGCGCUGAUGACGGUGGAGCUGGACGAGGAAAGGGGGGCCCAGGUCCAGGUUCUCCAGGGAAAGGAGCCCCCCUGUUUCCUGCAGUGUUUCCAGGGGGGGAUGGUGGUGCACUCGGGGAGGCGGGAAGAGGAAGAAGAAAAUGUGCAAAGUGAGUGGCGGCUGUACUGCGUGCGCGGAGAGGUGCCCGUGGAAGGGAAUUUGCUGGAAGUGGCCUGUCACUGUAGCAGCCUGAGGUCCAGAACUUCCAUGGUGGUGCUCAACGUCAACAAGGCCCUCAUCUACCUGUGGCACGGAUGCAAAGCCCAGGCCCACACGAAGGAGGUCGGAAGGACCGCCGCGAACAAGAUCAAGGAACAAUGUCCCCUGGAAGCAGGACUGCAUAGUAGCAGCAAAGUCACAAUACACGAGUGUGAUGAAGGCUCCGAGCCACUCGGAUUCUGGGACGCCUUAGGAAGGAGAGACAGGAAAGCCUACGAUUGCAUGCUUCAAGAUCCUGGAAGUUUUAACUUCGCACCCCGCCUCUUCAUCCUCAGCAGCUCCUCUGGGGAUUUUGCAGCCACGGAGUUUGUGUACCCUGCCCGAGCCCCCUCUGUGAUCAGUUCCAUGCCCUUCCUGCAGGAAGAUCUGUACAGCGCACCCCAGCCAGCACUUUUCCUUGUUGACAAUCACCACGAGGUAUACCUCUGGCAAGGCUGGUGGCCCAUCGAGAACAAGAUCACUGGUUCUGCCCGCAUCCGCUGGGCCUCUGACCGGAAGAGCGCGAUGGAGACUGUGCUCCAGUACUGCAAAGGAAAAAAUCUCAAGAAGCCAGCCCCCAAGUCUUACCUUAUCCACGCUGGUCUGGAGCCGCUGACAUUCACCAAUAUGUUCCCCAGCUGGGAGCACAGAGAGGACGUCGCUGAGAUCACAGAGAUGGACACGGAAGUUUCCAAUCAGAUCACCCUCGUGGAAGACGUCUUAGCCAAGCUCUGCAAAACCAUUUACCCGCUGGCCGACCUCCUGGCCAGGCCACUCCCGGAGGGGGUCGAUCCUCUGAAGCUUGAGAUCUAUCUCACUGACGAAGACUUCGAGGUAAGCAGUUCUUCCGGUGGGGUGGGGAUGGGAGUAAGACAACACACGCACACCUGGCUCCUUUCUCUGAGCCGCGGGGCGCUUCUCCCAAUGUUUCCAGUUUGCACUAGACAUGACGAGGGAUGAAUACAACGCCCUGCCCGCCUGGAAGCAGGUGAACCUGAAGAAAGCAAAAGGCCUGUUCUGAGUGGGGAGACGCCAGAGGAGCCUCACGGUCACGUCCAAUACCACCGCACCAGGGAAAUGGAUAUAUAUUUUUGGACUGGUGUUUUUCACAAAGUAUUUUUCAAUCAGAGUUUUCAGAACCUGACAUUGUUAAAGAUACUGCUUGUCCUGGAGUUGUGUAUUUUGUAAAUGUUCAAGAGAACUGUUUGGAAACUUCUUUCCACCAUUCAGCAGGUUAUCAGAAUUAAUAAAAGUAUCUGUUAUGUGCACUUAAGCCGCAGCUGCUAUAGAUAGCACUGCCUUCUUGUUCCAGCUAGGCAAUGCCUUUUUUUUUUUUUUUUGAAGCAGUUCUCUUUAUAAAGUGUUAUUUUGAUAGUUUGUGGAUUCUAAAAUAUAUAUAUAUUUAUAUAAACACCAUAUAAGUCAAAUAUGUAUUUAACAAAGCAAUAUGUAUUCAUUCACUUUCAAGAUUUGUUUUGGUGUCAAAAUAACAUGAAAAGGUAGAUGGAGUUGCUUCUGUUGAAUUAGCUCUGCCACCAAUAUGUAUCUUCAUACACGUUUGGAAAUGUUUCCUACAGCAUUAGGUAUGACUUGUUCUGAGUACUGCUUCCGGUGCUAAAAUGAACAAAGAAUUUGUACUUAAUGGCAUGGACUCUGGAGAAUCUAUGCGAAUCAACCUUUCUACCUUAAUAUCUCCCCAAAAAUGUAUAGUGCCUUGUUUUUAUGUACAGUUUAUAUACUGAAAAGUUUGCUCUGCAUUUUUGAUGAUGGUUUGGAACAUUAUCUACAAUUUUACUCUCAAAUAGUCAAAAUAAAAACAUCUCAAUUUCUAAUACCUGUUGUAAACAGUACACAUGUCAUUUUGUGAUAUAGGACUCCCAAAUAAAAGCAUCAGAAUAAACACAACAAUUAACUG